GAUAACGAAAGUAAUGUUUACAAUUUCAGCAUACAAUGUCAAGGUCGAUCCAAAAGUAUCCAAAUGAAAACUCGUCACGUGACAAAGGGACAAUUGUGUCAAAAUUGUGAAUUUCAGAUUGAUGAGAGUUAUUUUCAUCUAUUGUAAGAUGCAUUUGAAACAUUUGAACCUUAAAAUAUUCCCCGAUGCAGUAAUUUAUAUUCAUUCACCAAUACAUGUAGAAAUGUAUACAAGAAAAUGAGCUUUCUUUGAUUUAUAGCGUGACAUAAAUAUGUUACGACUCUGGAUGACUUUCGAUACGGGGUUGGCUUCAGCGUACAGAAAUGUAAUACCAAGGGAUCAGAAGAUUUUGCAGUUUAAGAAAAUGAAGGAUUUAGGAAAACUAGUUGCACGUUGGGACAAGCUAAAGGGCUGGAGCUCUAUGCUAGAAGAGAUUUCCAACAAACUGAACACGGGCAGUAUGGAAGACGCGAGCAUAACUCUUGAAGUUGGCCCGCAGUUAUUACACACUCUCCGCCAUCAAUGUGCAAUAAGAUGCUCAGAGAUCACAUGCAGUAAACUGUGUCAGGUGUUUACGUGCCAUUAUACAAAGGGGGCCACCCAGGGUGUGAAAGUUUGGCUGCUUGAAUCCAAGGAGAAGUCGGAGAUCUGCACAGCUUCCAAUUUCGAGACUGAUCAUGUUCUCACUGCCAUGACGUACGUGUCAAAGCACCGCGUGUACUUGACGUACGGCGCCGAUCUGGUCCUGAGAUUGUUCACGGACUUUAACGGAGGCUUUAAGGAGUUAGAGAACAUACCAACACUGGCGACAACCCUGUGCCUGGUGUACAACAAAGAGGAAGAUGAAGUCUACGCUGGUGGCAUCGGCUUCGUUGAUGAGUGGAGAGUUCAGGGUGGAGAGCAUGCAGCAUUCAUCGUACCGGGACGAAAAUUCUAUGCAGAACUGACAAGAAAUGAUUGGGUGUGGGACGUACAGAUUGUGCGCCAGAACAAUCAUCUCUUACUUCAACACAGCAACGGCCUUUGUGUUCUAAACCUCAAGACUCGAAGAGUAAUUGAACGGAUUCCAAGCAGCCAUGAUGGUUCAUUAAAGUGCUGUUGUUACUAUCCACCCAAUGAUUUCCUCAUCACUGGUGGGGCAGAUGGAAAGAUCAAGUUGUUCAACGGCUCGGUGUUCAAUCUGAUGAAUUCCUUCAUUGCCCACCAUGGACCUGUGACAGGUCUAGAGGCCCACAUGAAUGAUCCUCUGCUGUUCUCCUGCUCCCAUGACGGAACUGUGAGAAUCUGGCGGCUUGACACACUGCAGAUUUUCACGAGGCUUGAUGUAGGGGAGAAGAUCUACAAAAUGGGACUGCUGUCUAUCGCAGAGUUCUAUAUCCAAACCAAGAAGGAUAUACUGGUCUACAGUCUUAAUCAGUUCUACCAAUUCUUCUCACCUGUUGAGUCUGAGACCAAACGGCUGAUGAACUGCCGAGCCAAAGGUCGUCAAAACAGAAUUCUAGGAUCCACUGAGGACGGCAGUGUCCGAUUGUUUUCACCAGUGACCGGCCUCACGCUGACCAUCAUAUACCCCAUGGCUUCAUUCCAGGUUUUGACUUCCUUCUCAUAUGACAUUCAUCAAGGCAGACUUCUAACAGUGCUAACCGAUGGAUCAGUGAUUGUGUUUAACACGACCACCAAUCCGUGCAAGGCUAAGGAGCUCUGGAGCCCCAGCAGAGAGGAUGAGCAAGUCAACAUUCUGCUGCAGGUCCCUGUGGAAUUCACCACAGAUGAGGGUCCAAGUUUCGAUAAUCUGGUGCUAGCUGACAAAAUACUCCUACAAUCGCACGAGGGUGCGGUAAUGUGUCUCGAAAGCUGCCUCAAUGUAAGCGACAGUGGCAAGCUUCUGCGUGAUACGGUGGACGGGAUAGUGUCUGGCGGCACCGACCAAUACGUGAAGGUUUGGUCCGUGGUCGUUCAGUUGGAACGGAAGAAGCUGUUUGUGAACGUUACCCUUGUGAUAAAGAUCCUAUUGUCAAGUGUUCCUCUACUGCUGUGCAUGUAUAGCGAUAUUGUGUGUGUGGCACUUUCUGAGAACAAGGAAUUCAGACAGAGGUGGCCUCUGGUGAUGUACAAGCUGGUCCCCAUGAAUAGAACAGGAAGGAGCAGCCCCAGUUACGUGAUGCCCCUGCAGAUGUCACAUCCUGUAGACGAGGAUCAUACACACGAGCCGACUGCCUUGGACAAGUGCCCCAUGAUCAACCUGGUCGUGACGUCGGGAAAGGACGGUUUUGUAAAGGUUUGGUCAAGAAACAAUGAGUUGCUCAGGGAAAUGAACUAUGCCACGCCCAUCUACGCUGUGUGCUUUGCGAACGACAGAGGCGACAUUCUUGUUGGAUAUGGAACAAACGUCUGCUCAGUGUCAGUUUACAAUUAUCUCCCUUUGCGAUUGUUAAAGGACCUUCUAGAUCUUGGCAGCUACACUUACAAGAAAGACAUCCGUGAACUCCCAGUGACCUUUGAGAGCAGGCGUGAAACCUGGCUUGACCUAACCAAACUGAAGUCAUACUCGCUGGAUAUUUAUAAUCGCCGUCGGCAACGUCUAGAGGAGGACGUAAUCCAGCGUCUGAAACACGCCACUGAGAAAACCUCAACCCACAGAAGAUUUGUGAUCUACAUCGACGGGGGUACAACGAAGUUGAUCAGGAGGGACUUGGCCGAUAGACUUCUUAGUUGGGCUAGGGGCGUGAAUAAAUCCAAGAGUUCAAAGAAGAGGUCAUACGAUUUGGUCAAGAUCGCAGGCGAGUCAGUGAAUACUUCACCCGCUUCCAAUCAAUCACCAGAGUCCACUGAAAACUCACAAAAGCUCGAGUUCUUUGACUCGGAAAACCUCCUGCAGGUGUACUCGCCUGAAGUAGGGGUCGCAAUAAGGGCCCUGGAGUCACACUUGCCCAAGGGACCAAUAGAGAUGAGGCUGCUACAGGAAAGGGAUCUCCUGAAGAAGGAGCCAAUCAUAGCACCCGAUGGUUACAUUCCAAACUCUGUAAUCCGGAAGAAGUUCAAACUAGAGAAAGCAACUCCAAGAUGGACGGAGAAGGAGAAGCCAUUCGAGCUAAAACCGGUGCCCAAGGUGAACCCCUCCCACAUGCCUUCCUGGUGGGGAUAUGAUGAUGGGAAAGGAACAACCAAGGACACAACCACGCCUGUGUCUGCGUGGGAGGACAGCACAGUGUCUGACCAACAUGAAGUGGAGGCAACGGGCGGGCGGUCAUUGCCACCGUCCGCAGUCAGCCAGACCCGGUCGGCAAGGAACCUGUCGGCAGACUCGCAGAGUCACAUGAAGGGACAGCAGAAACUUGCUACGACCACUCCAACAUCGUACAGACUGAAGGUUAUUUCUCCAUCAGCAUUGAUUCUGACUCCUAAUAUUCAAAAAUUUAAAGAAGUGAAGAGCAGGCGCAUUGAGCUGAAUCGGGUUGACCUUGAAAUUCGAACGCCGGAGGUCAAGCAAAAACACCGAAAGUCGGGGAAAAAAAGCAUAGAAAAGAAAUCUCAGGAAACACCAAGUCUUCCAGCUGAGGAGAACAGUAACGUCCAAGAAAAGCAGUCACCUGCGGAGUUUGUGAAAACAGACCUGAUCAAACAGCUGCUACAGGAGUCCUGGAUGCCGAAGAUGAACGCGGACAGCGAGUUUGACGACAUCAUGUGUCAGUUCGUGGCCCUCCUUGAUGACAGCAGCAACCCAGUCGUGUUUGCAAGAAUGUGCGAGUACCUGAUGAAGAUAUGCACGGAGCUCGGUGUCCCACAAACCAUCAUGAAUAUGAUUGUCGGCAAGAUUGGGUCCAAUUUGGACAGCAAGAAUGGGGCGGUGAAGAAGAACACAAUCAAAACUCUGCAGUUCAUAGGUCAAGGUCGUCCAGACGUGAUGCUACUACUACUGCCACAACUAAUCAGUGGCGAGGAGCACAUCAGAAGGGCCGCAGCAGACGCCAUAGCGACCCUUACUGGGGCCAGGGACAAGGAGCAGUUGCUGAUUACCCUGGAGUCAAUGGGGAUCAUACAUGGGGCCUACAGCAGCAAAGCUGAUGAGGUAGGGGCCAUAGAAGGGGUCAUAAGGAGCAUGGUUUAA